GACUGUGUGAGCUCGCAAAUCAAUGCCGUUUUCUAUGCUAAAAAAUCUGUUAAAGGUCUUCUUCCUCAACUCCUCUCAAUUCUUAGCUUUCUUUCUUUCUUGCUUGUUUCCAAAUGUUCUGCCCCACCUCUCGAGUCCAUUUCUUUUCACUAUUUAUACAACUUUACACACUUCUUUCUUUAUUGUUUAUUCCUAAUAUAUAUGUGUGCAUGUAAUACUGUUUUCACUCCUCUGCUCUAAGCCCCAAUGUGUUCUUAUGAAGGGAAGAACGUUUGAGACGAACCCUGUUCUUUGUAGAGUUUGAAUUUUUAAGUGGCUUAUUGUGGUAAGAGAAUGUCAGUGAGAAAGGGUAAUUUGUAGCUUUAUAUUUGUGUUUGUGGAAGCGAAUUUCUGGGGAUUUUUUUUGGAAAAGUAUGAGUGUUUUCUUUUUCGUUGAUUUGUUGGUGAAAAUUGAGCUAGUGAGUUUUGCGUUCUAAAUGUUUGUUGAAAUGCCUGAGUGGUACAGUAAUGUUUUAUCUGUUUAAUAGGCAGAUAGGAUCAUUGACCUCAUGAAACUCGCGACAAUUUAUUGUCCAUUUCUUGCCAAACGGAAUUUGGUUUCAUACCCAAGUAAGCAUGCUUUUGGUCUCCAAUUUAGAUGCUGGAGAUCGGCGGCAGAAGGUGAUAUUGUGCAUAGGACAGAAGAUAUUGAUAAUGACUAUCUAUUAGAAUCUCGUCCAAUUUCCACACGCGGCCACCUUAGGCAGGCUCUUUCACUGUUCUACUCCUCUAGACAACCUCAUUCCCACCAGACCUAUGCUAAUCUCUUUCAUGCUUGUGCACGCCUCCGCUGCCUCCAAGAAGGCAUGGGUCUGCACCGUUACAUGAUGUCCCGGGAUGAUCCCAUGAACACAUUUGAUCUAUUUGUUACCAACCAUCUUAUCAACAUGUACUGUAAAUGUGGCCACUUAGACUAUGCCUACCAAUUAUUUAACGAGAUGCCAAGGAGAAAUCUUGUCUCUUGGACUGUGCUUAUCUCGGGACUUUCUCAGUAUGGCCUUGUGGAUGAGUGCUUCCUUAUAUUUUCGCGAAUGUUGGUAGAUCACAGGCCCAAUGAGUUUACAGUUGCAAGUUUGCUUACCUCAUUUGGGGAGCACGACGGCGAACGCGGGCGGCAGAUACACGGGUUUGUCUUGAAAAGGUCUUUAGAUGUCUUUGUUUAUGUUGCAAAUGCUCUUAUUGCCAUGUAUAGCAAGAGUUACUCUAAAGAUGGUGCUUACAAUGAUAGUAAAGAUGAUGCUUGGACUAUGUUCAAGAGCAUAGAAAAACCUAACCUUAUAACAUGGAACUCGAUGAUUGCAGGCUUUUGUUUCCGAAAACUUGGACAUCAGGCUAUCUAUUUAUUUAUGCAAAUGAAUCAUCAAGGAAUUGGGUUUGAUCGUGCAACACUUUUAAGCACUUUGUCUUCCACAAGUCUCUGCAAUUGGGAUGAAUUUGGGGACGGUCUGGGUUUUUGUCAUCAGAUACACUGUCAAGCAUUAAAAACUGCUUUCAUUUCUGAAGUUGAAAUAAUUACUGCAUUAGUGAAAACUAAUGCAGAACUUGGAGGGGAUAUUGCAGAUAGUUAUAGGCUUUUUGUUGAAGGUGGGUAUAAUCGGGAUAUAGUUUUAUGGACCAGCAUUAUGACAGCUUUCGUAGACCAUGACCCUGGGAAAACCCUUUCUCUUUUUUGUCAGUUCCGACAAGAAGGUUUAACUCCAGAUGGACACACUUUUUCAAUUGUAUUGAAGGCUUGUGCUGGAUUUCUAACCGAGAAGCAUGCCUCAACGUAUCAUUCACUGCUAAUUAAAUCUAUGUCUGAGGAUGACACUGUCCUUAAUAAUGCCUUGAUUCAUGCUUAUGGGAGGUGUGGUUCAAUUUCUUCCUCUAAGAAAGUAUUCGAUCAAAUGAAACAUCAUGAUUUGGUUUCUUGGAACACAAUGAUGAAGGCCUAUGCUGUCCAUGGUCAAGCUGAGAUUGCAUUGCAGCUUUUUACAAAUAUGAAUGUGCCACCUGAUGCUACUACAUUUGUCUCUCUUCUUUCAGCAUGUAGCCAUGCUGGGCUCGUGGAAGAAGGGAUCAGCCUUUUCAAUUCAAUUACAGAUUAUGGUAUUGUUUGUCAACUAGAUCACUAUGCUUGCAUGGUUGACAUUUUGGGGAGAUCUGGUCAGAUUCAAGAGGCUCAUGAUUUUAUAAGUAAGAUGCCUAUAGAACCUGAUUUUGUUGUUUGGAGUUCAUUCCUGGGAUCAUGUAGGAAGCAUGGUGCAACAGAAUUAGCCAAAUUAGCAUCUUAUAAAUUGAAGGAGUUAGAUCCUGGCAAUUCCUUAGCUUAUGUGCAAAUGUCAAAUCUAUAUUGCUUCAGUGGUAGUUUUUAUGAAGCAGACUUAAUUAGAAUGGAAAUGAAAGGGUCUAGAGUGAGAAAGGAACCUGGAUUAAGUUGGGUAGAAAUAGAAAAUCAAGUGCAUGAGUUUGCAUCUGGAGGUUGCCGUCAUCCACAGAGGGAGGUCAUAUGGAAUGAGCUUGAAGAACUCAUUGGGAGGUUAAAGGAGAUCGGUUAUGUGCCCGAGACAAGCUUAGCGCUGCAUGAUGUGGAACACGAGCAAAAAGAGGAGCAACUGUAUCAUCAUAGCGAGAAGUUGGCUUUGGUUUUUUCUGUAAUGAAUGAUUUUAACUUGGUUCGUGCCGAUACUCCCAUAAGGAUUAUGAAAAACAUUCGAAUUUGUGUAGAUUGUCAUAAUUUCAUGAAGUUAGCUUCAAGGCUACUUCAGAAGGAGAUUGUCAUUAGAGACUCUAAUCGGUUUCAUCAUUUCAUGGCCGGUUUAUGCUCGUGCAAUGAUUACUGGUAAUCAAUCGGCGUCAAACAUUCAAAUACCUAAGUUUCCACUUGAAACAUCCAUAGUUUGUAGCCUCAAAUAUGAAUGGGAUAAAGUUGUUUAAAAUAACAUUGCCACUUAUAUCAAUAAUCUAUCAGUUCCUUUAACAACUGAUCAGAAAAUUUUAGGAGGUGAACGUAGUUGGUCCUGGUCCCUACUUCUUGUUGGAAGUAUGGUACCACAACUUUUUAAGUACACACAAAAGGUUUGAUGCCACAUCAAGGUUGCAGCCACAGUACCUAGUUGAACUGCAAGUGAUACUAUAAGCAGUUAUUCCCUUGAAUCCUCGACUGCUGAUGUGACAUCCAUCAUCAAUCAUCAUCAGUAUAUCUGAUUGGCUGGGAUAAAAUACUGCUUAUAAACUAACGACCAGAAGACUGUAUUUGAAGUACAUGUUGG